AGAGGUGUCGCUAGUGCAAUAUUCCAUAUGCACCAUGGUCUCUCAUGUCCUAUAGUUCAUCGUGACGUAUCAAGCAAAAACAUCCUGUUAGAUUCAGAAUAUCAAGAAGCUCAUAUCACUGACUUCAGAGUAGCCAAGUUUCUAAAGCUUGACUCGAACAACAUGACCUCAUUUGCUGGCACCUUUGGUUAUGCUGCUCCAGAGAUUGCUUUUACAAUGCAAGCAACAAAGACAUGUGAUGUCUAUAAUUUUGGUGUUCUAACGUUAGAGAUCUUAAUGGGAAGACAUCCAGGAGAGUUUAUUUGUUCUUUGACAGAGACUCCAACAUCUUAUGAUUUGCCACUUAAGGAUGUGUUGGAUCAGCGACUUCCUCAACCUUUAAACCUAGUUGUUGAGGAAGUAAUGCUGAUUGCCAAAAUUGCACUUGCUUGCUUGCUUGAAUGAAGAUCCU